AUGCCAGUCGUACUGAAUGUCGGCGGGACCAAAUUUGAAACAUCGCUUGAGACGUUAAGGAAGAACCCAGGUCCUCGAGACAGGAGCAUACUUGCGGAUCUGAAUUAUGUGGAAGGCGAGGAAUUUUUCAUAAACAGGAAUCCCAGACAUUUUGAUAUUAUACUCAUCUAUCUCCGCGAUGGCAGCGUGAGCAUCGAUGAAGACGAAUGUACGCUUGCUCAGAUGAAGCGCGAGGCUCAAUUCUAUGGACUCGAAGACCUUGCGCAGCACAUCGAGGUCCUGAUUUUACGAGCGCUCCUAGCUAGCGUCCCGCUUGAAUUCUUGAGGAAUCUCACGCCUGGAGACGCCUUUACAAUCCGCAGAAAUUAUCCUUGA